AUGAAGAAGGCCGUCCACAAAAGCGUUAAAGAAAGACAAAUCGGCCUCAAGGUCAAGCCAUCUGUACACAACUUGAGCAAAACUCAGCAGACCAAACUCACUGUGGGCAGCCUGGGAUUAGGCCUGGUCAUCAUCCAGCAUGGGCCCUACCUUCAGAUCACGCACCUCAUUAAGAAGGGCUCUGCAGCCAGGGAUGGAAAACUCCAGCCAGGUGAUGUUUUGAUUAGUGUUGGCUAUGCCAAUGUGUUAGGAUAUACUCUUCGAGAAUUUUUAAAGCUUUUGCAACAUAUCACCAUAGGAACAGUGCUACAAAUCAAGGUUUACCGAGAUUUUAUUGACAUACCCCAAGAAUGGCAAGAAAUAUAUGAUUUAAUCCCUGAGACCAAAUUCCCAAUUACACGCACAACAAAGAAAACUGAGGAGGCAAAAGAUGACUCUUUCACAAGCAGUGAUGACGAUGAAGAUGCAGUUUUAGAUAAAAGACUUAAGUACUAUAAAUAUCCACGGUCCACUGGCCAUUACCCUGCAAGGAGACCAAUGUCUAUCUCUACAGAAUGGCAUGGAUAUAAAAAGAAGAACUGUACUAUUAGUGUAGGAAAAGACAUUAACUGUGACGUGAUGAUUCACAGAGACCACAAGAAAGAAGUGAGAGCCCCUUCUCCAUACUGGACAAUGGUGAAGCAAGACAAUGAAAGCUCCUCCUCCUCCUCGGCCUCCUCUACCUCAGAUGCAUUUUGGCUCGAAGACUAUGCCCAUGUUGAAAAGGGCAAGAGUGAACCUGUAUCAAAAGUUGGUUAGGCAGCAGUUUGCAAAUCUGUGACCACAGGAGCAUUUGUCUUGAAAACACCCAUUUUUUG